AUGAGUCAGAAAACGGCCAAGGAGGGUCCCAGACUCUCCAAAAACCAGAAGUACUCCGAGCACUUCAGCAUACACUGCUGCCCGCCGUUCACCUUCCUCAAUUCCAAGAAGGAGAUAGUGGAUCGGAAAUACAGCAUCUGUAAGAGCGGCUGCUUCUACCAGAAGAAAGAGGAGGACUGGAUCUGUUGCGCCUGCCAGAAGACCAGAACCAGCCGCCGUGCCAAGUCCCCUCAGAAGCCCAAGCAACAGCCAGCUGCGCCCCCCGCGGUGGUCAGAGCGCCAGCCAAGCCACGGUCCCCUCCGAGGUCUGAGCGUCAGCCACGGUCCCCUCCGAGGUCUGAGCGUCAGCCACGGUCCCCUCCAAGGUCUGAGCGUCAGCCACGCCCCCGCCCAGAGGUCCGACCACCGCCAGCCAAGCAGCGUCCCCCUCAGAAGUCCAAGCAACAGCCGCGCAGCAGCCCCCUCAGAGGGCCAGGCGCCAGUCGUGGGGGGUCCCCCGUCAAAGCUUCUAGGUUCUGGUAA